CAAAGGCAACUUAUGGCGGGCUGACCGCAGUUUACUUAUUCAGAUUUGUCUGGAUUUUAUGCGGCUAUGUCAAAUAAUUGGAAUUUUGGGUCUAAAUUAUCCUUCUCAAGAGCUGUUCUGUAAUGCCACAACACCGAAAACAAGUGAACGAUGGUUUUAAUGUGCAAAAUCAGCCUGCUUCUCGUGUGAUUCACAGACCGAUUCCAAUCACAGCAUCAUCUGUUGUGCUAUCACCUUUCGAACUUGUUGCUCCAAGAAUGCCUGCUAAAACGGCAGCUGAUUUACCGGAAGCGGUUCCAUCUGGUCACUGGUUUCACGGGAACAUUAGUCGUGAAGACACUGAAAGACUUCUGAAACACCAUUCUCUUAAUGGAACGUUCCUAAUAAGGUUCAGCACAUCAACCCACAAAUAUGUUCUCAGUGUGAUUUACAAUCAGCAACUGUAUCACUACCCAAUUGAGGAGCUGUCGGAUGGGUUUUAUCAGGUCAACGGGACAAAUGCUAAGUAUUUGGGUAUUGACUUACUUGUAUCCGAGUUUCGACGUGCAAACAACUGCAUAGUUUGUUCACUAGGGAAACCUGCUCCAGGUCUCCGACCACCUCCACAUAUCACUGUAUAUGGUGUGACGAAUGAUUUACACCAUGCUGUAAGAAAGGCAAAUCUUAAGGGUGUUCGUGACCUUUUCACACGUGUUACUUCUAUGGGAGUGAUCAGUUUAUCGGACUAUGUAAAUGAAAAAUCAGCUGAUAGUGGUGCUACUCCACUCAUUGAAGCGGCUAAAACAGGCUCCAAUGAUAUUGUUCGACUUUUGCUAGAACAUAAUGCAUCUGUAAAUUUAAGAGAUUGUGGUGGAUUCACGGCAUUACAUCGUGCUUGUCAAAAAAGUUUUGCACAUGUCGCUGAAACACUUCUACGUGUUGGUCGGGCUAAUCCACAAAUUAAAUGUCCAUUUUCUGGGAAUACAGCACUUCAUGAAGCUGCUAUGCUAGGUCAUGCAGAUUGUGUAAAUUGUCUCCUACGUUAUCAUGCAGCUCCAUGGGCACGAAAUGCUGAAGCUGAAAUGCCUUUUGAAUUAGCUUUACGCUAUGGUUUUGCUGAUUUAGCCGCUGCUCUAGCUGGUUAUAAACCAGUUCCAGCGAUUACAACUCAGAGUGAUUGGUAUCAUCCAUCUUUAUCCAAGUCUGAAACAGACAAAAUAUUUUCAAAUUGUUCAGCAACUAAAGAUGGUGCAUUCCUUAUUCGACGAUCAUCUCAAUCAGAAAGAAAAUUUGUACUUGUACUUUACUAUCAGCAUCAAACAUUAAAGUAUCAAAUUGAAGUAGUCGAUUUUUCAUUUCAUAUGGAUACAAAAGAAGCGUAUUUCAUUGAUAAGGGUCCACUUCAUUUAUCAUUGGAGCAUUUAGUAGAACAUUAUAGUCGUUUUGCAGAUGGUAUACCUGUACGAUUACAUUAUGCUAUAUCUCCAUCGGGUAGAAUUACUAAUAUUGAACAAAUAAUACCACAGAAUCUAGAUAAUCAUGGUCGUGAAUUACGCAAAAUUGAGUCAUCUGGUCCUGGAGGUGGUGAUGCUUGGGCUUUACGAACAAUUUCAUCCAGUUUACAUGGUGGUCGUUUAGGUGCACCAUUAUCAAUGUCAAUAGCAAAAGGGAAUUCACGUCAUGGACAGAAUAAAUCAAAUCAGGGGAAACAUCAUAGUUCCUCGAGUUCAGGCGUCUCCGGUAUGUCCAGUGGUGGUGGUGGUGGCGGCCUACUACCAGUUGCAGCUGGUCUACAAUUGACUGCUUCUGGGACUUCUUGUCUAGGAUCGACUAGUGGAGCUGGUGAACUUCGUCUUAUUCCCAGUGAUGCAGUCAUUUUGUUAUAUCGACUAGGUGAAGGAGAAUUUGGCGAAGUUUAUCGAGGUAGACUGCACUUGGAUAGUGGGAUGAUUCAAGAAGUCGCUGUCAAAGUUCUUGUUCAACCAUCACAACGAUUGGACUUUUUGAAAGAGGCUACAAUUAUGAUGCAGUUAUCCCAUCCGCAUAUAGUAACAAUUUAUGGUGUCUGUGAAAAUAAACGAUUAAUGAUGAUAUUAGAAUUAGCUGAACUUGGCAGUCUACUGGAUUACUUGUUGGAUUAUCCUGAAAAGUGUCAACUACCUGAAUUAUAUAAUUGGAGUAUGCAAAUAGCAAGUGGUAUGAGUUUUCUAGAAUCUGCUCGAUUUGUUCAUCGUGAUCUAGCUUGUCGUAAUGUUCUAUUAUCAAAUCAUUCAUGUGCUAAAAUAUCUGAUUUUGGUUUAUCUCGUGCUGUUGGCGUUGAAUCCGAUUAUUAUAAAGCUACACAACGUGGUAAAUGGCCAGUGAAAUGGUAUGCACCAGAAUCAAUAUAUUAUAAAACAUUUAGUCAUGCUAGUGAUGUUUGGUCAUUUGGUAUAUGUUUAUGGGAGAUGUUUUCAUUAGGUGAACAUCCAUAUGCUGAUCAGGAUAGUUUUGAAGUAUUACGUCAAAUUGAAGAAGGUGUUCGUCUACCAAGACCAUAUUUAGCUAAUGAUGAUGUUUUUGCUAUUAUGCAUGAUUGUUGGGCGUAUAAUCCAGAUGCUCGACCGACAUUUGCUCAAUUAUUAGCAGUUUUUCAGCAUCUUGCUACUAAUGUUUAUGAGAAUGUUGAACCACCUGAUGUUGUUAUUGCCGGUAGUCAUACUAAAGUGACAAAAAAUGGUGUAGGGAAUAGUAUUAAUAAUAAUAAUCAUAACAAUAAUAGUUUGUCACCUGUUUCAGCUGUUGUUUCUACUGUUAUCUCUCCUGUUGUGAAUCCAACAACUGUUGGAAAUCUCAAUGAUGGUCAUCAUUUAAGCGGUAAUGAUAGAAGACUAGCGGGUUGUACAAAUGUGCGUAUUCCAAAUCUUGUCAACACAAAUGGAUCAUAGCACAUUUGAAAUAUAUUUAUUUAUUCAUCUUUUUAUGGUGUAUGUCUAGUUUCUAUAAGUAAAUUGUUGUUUAGUGUGUUUUUCAUUGUAUACAAUCUGAUGAAUUAGUGUAUUUAGGUAAUAUUUUCACUUCAACUUCACUCCACUUCACUCCACUCUACUCUGUUUCUCUUCUGUCUAUUCUAUGCAUAAGUUAAGCGAUACAUUUCAUGUUUGUUGUUGUAUAAGACAGUCGAUCAUUCUGUAUAUUUCUUGAAGAUCAUCAUCACUACUACUUAUGAUGAUGAUGAUGAUGACAGUAGUAUUAACAAUCUACCUCUUUGAUAGACAAUCAAUAUUCUUCAAUCAAGUAGUUAGUUUUCUCAUUUAUCUGGUGUGUGUGUGUGUGUGUAUAGAAAAAAAUCAUGAUGUUUUUCAGCAUAUACUUUGAUCGUGAUAAUAACAACAGUUCAACAUGUUUUACCCUCGAAAAAGAAAGGAUGAUUUCUCUCAUUUUAACGUUAUUGUUUUGAACAACACCUCAUAACUCACCGCUGCGCUGCGCCGUUGCCACGUCCCAUCAUCGUAAUUUAAGGUCAUUUGUCUUCUCUUAAAAUUUUGCAUUUAUAUAUAUGUGUGUGUGUGUGUGUGUAGGGGGGGGGGCAUUAUUCUUAACCAAAAUAUCUGUGUACAUAUAGAAAAGAAGAUGUUAGCCGAUAACGCUAAUCAUCUAGUGAUAAUCAGAGUUUUGAUCUACUUUCAAUGUUUGCUUGUUUGUUUUUUCUUUUUUUGUGUACUUAAUACCAUCUUCUGUGUUUGGCUAAGCUGUAGUGUCGACACUUCACAUCCUUCUUUCCUAUUGUCAACAGCUUGAUUCGAUUAGUAUGGAAUGUGUAGUGUUUAUUAUAUGCUUUUGUUCAAUACUUGGUCUUCUAUUUGUUCAGUGAUUUGUUUUACUGCUUUAGUUGUUGUCAUCAAUUACUUUCAUAUUCAUAUACAUUCUAUAUAUAUAUAUAUAUAUAUAUAUAUAUAUAUAUAUAUAUAUAUAUAUAACAAUAAAUACUACCUAUCAAGUUAUUUAUCAUGUUUGAAAGUUUUUCAUAUCUACACAAAAUAUUCUGAUAACAUGGAAUAAUAAAUAAUAACAAUAAUAUUAAUUGGGUAUAUUCAAAGAUGUCAUUGAACAUUUACUGAUUGAUUGCUGGGCAUUUCUUGUUGUUCUCUUGAAUUUGUUAACAUAUUAUGAUUUUGUAGGUGUAUGUAUCUUUUGGUGGUAUUUUAUUAAAUUGUAAAUGAUUGUUCUUCUAGUGAAAUUCUUUGUUUUAAUCACUGAUACAUUCAUUGAAUAGUAAGAUAUAUUUAUUUAUUUAUUUAUUUAUUCUUUAUUCAACAAUUGAAUAAUUUAAUGAUAACAAUCCAUCCGAUUCAUCUAAAAGAAUACGUAAAAAUACGC